UAAACAAAACAAAAAUGUCUUAAAUAGAGCGGGAGGGGUUUUCUUUUCCAAUAUUACCCUCGUCAAGGGUUUCCUCACUGUUAAACCCUUGCUCCUCCGCCAUUGUUUCUUCUACCUCUGCUAAACAGAAAUUUUUGGAAAGAUGAGUUUGGUUGCAGGAUCAUACGAGCGGUUCAUUUGGGGCUACAAAUUAAAAUCACGUAAAAACCCCGAUACCCUAACCCUAAGCCCACUAUUCUCCUUUCCGUCCCAUCUCUCUACAAUCAAAACCGUCGCCGUCGCCGGUUCCGUCGCCGUCUCCGGCGGAAACGACGACACAAUCAAAAUCUACGACCUCUCUUCAUCCGCCGAGAUCGGAUCCCUCUACCAUACCUCCUCAAUCACCUCCCUCGCCUUGUACUCCCCUCCCGCCCUCUCCUCCUUCCCCCGCAACCUCAUCGCCGCCGACGCCGAGGGUUCGCUCUCAAUCUACGACGCCGACCCGUUCGUGCUUCUCAAGUCCGUCAAAAUCCACAAAAAGUCCGUCAAUUCGAUUUCCGUGCACCCGUCGGGGAAGUUAGCGUUGACUGUCGGCCAUGACGAUUGCUUGGCCAUGGUCAAUUUGAUCAGAGGCAGGCGGAGUUUUUACUGCAAGUUGAGUAAAGAAGCAUCAAUCGUGCAGUUCGACGGAACUGGUGAAAGAUUCUUCAUGGUAGUCGAUGAGAAAAUCGGUGUACACGAAUCGGAGGACGCCAAAUUAAUCUUCGAGCUGGAUAAUAAGAAGAGAAUCCUCUGUGCUGCCCCUGGCAAUAAUGGAAUUUUGUUUACAGGUGGAGAGGAUAAAAAUCUUACUGCUUGGGACACAGUGAGUGGGAAAGUGGCAUAUACUAUUGAAGAUGCUCACCCAGCUCGGCUCAAAGGCAUUGUAGUUUUAUCGAAGAACAGUGAUAAUUCAGGGGAGGAUCCUUAUUUGGUGGCAUCUGCAUCAUCCGAUGGGGUAAUACGCGUUUGGGAUGUGCGCAUGGCUGGUAAAGGAAAGACAAACCCUUUAGCCGAGGCCAAUACCAAAUCGCGACUCACUUGCCUUGCUGGAUCAUCUAUUAAAUCCUUGAAACGCCCUCGGUUAGAAACGCAGAAUGCAGAUGAAGAUACAGAUGCUGCAGCUGCUUUGGUAUCGUAGAGCUGAAGAGGAUGUUCACUGAAUUCACAUUUCCCCAACACUUUUUCGUGCCUUCCUUUUUUGCCCCCCGAUUGUCGUGUCUUCGUUUAUGACUCUAUUUUGGUUUAAAUUAUAUCACAAGUCUUGCACUAUUAA